GGUUCGUAAUAAUGGCUGGAACGGAGUCAACGGAAUAGCAUCAAACACAUGGAAACCAUGUGUUUAAUGUUUUUGAUACUAUCCCACCAAUUCCACGCCAGCCAUUACCACGAGCCCGUCCUCCCCAAUGAAGGUGCCACCAACCUCCUGUGCUGAACCCCAACAGUAUGUUACACACGUGUACGUGUGUAUGGCUAUACCUGCCGUGUCCGAUAGGCGGUGCGUUAGGGUUAUUAUGGUAAUAGGAGCGGGGCUGGAGGGAGAUGAGUAGUGACGUCAGCACCAGGUCGCCAGUACAGUGAAACAAACAUGGCGACAGAAUGGAGCGGGCAGCAAGGCUACGUUCUGACUCUAAUCGUUUUCUUUUGGAGUGCAGUGGGGGGACGCACCGAGACAGCCACUUCGAGUGUCCGCAGUAGCGGGAGCCAGGUGCUCGGUAUGCGGCUGGAGAGGAGCGACAAACCGGCCUCGACCACUGACGAUGGGGUCAUCCAAUUAACGGAGGAGAGCACAGUGCAGCUCCGGUUCUACGGAGUGCAGCUCAACUCGGGCACCUGGGCUCAGAUACGCUUCACAGAACGAGGGGAUGGGAGCGAGGAUGGGGGAAACAAUAACAUUAUUGACGACACACCUAACAGCACUUGUGUUGAUUUCACAAAAGACUUCAGCAUCGCAAACUACAUGAACAUCAGUAGCCGGGGGACCACGGGGGUACUCAGCAUAAACAUUAAACCGCUUCGUAAGAGCGAGCCGCACAAGGAGUACGGGCUGUGCAUCAGGAGUUUGGCUGAUGGUAGGUGGGCUCUGCUCGGGGAUAGCGACGGGAGACUGCGGGUGGUGGAGGGGGAAAAAACUCUCCUCCCCCUGUGGUUCCAGAUCAUCCUCAUCUGCUGUCUGUUGGUGCUGUCUGGAAUGUUCAGCGGGCUGAACCUGGGGCUCAUGGCUCUGGACCCCAUGGAGCUACGUAUAGUCCAGAGCUGUGGCUCAGAGAAGGAGAAGAAAUAUGCCCGCAAAAUUGAGCCCAUCCGCAGCAAGGGGAACUACCUUCUCUGUUCUCUGUUGCUUGGGAACGUCUUGGUCAAUACCACACUCACCAUCCUCCUGGAUGACCUGAUAGGUUCUGGCCUGGGCGCCGUGGUCGCCUCCACAGUGGGUAUUGUGAUUUUCGGUGAGAUAGUCCCCCAGGCACUGUGUUCUCGCCACGGGCUGGCGGUGGGCGCCAACACCAUCCAGGUGACCAAGUUCUUCAUGUUGCUCACCUUCCCCCUCUCCUUCCCCGUCAGCAAGCUCCUAGACGUGCUCCUAGGCCAGGAGAUUGGCACUGUGUAUAACCGCGAGAAGCUGGUGGAGAUGCUCAGGGUGACGGAACCGUACAACGACCUGGUCAAAGAGGAGCUCAACAUGAUCCAAGGAGCGCUGGAACUCCGGAAUAAGACGGUGGAGAGCGUGAUGACUCCUCUGGCCCACUGCUUCAUGAUCCAGAACGACGCGGUCCUGGACUUCAACACCAUGUCGGAGAUCAUGGAGAGCGGCUACACGCGUAUCCCCGUGUUCGACGACGAGCGCUCCAACAUCGUGGACAUCCUGUAUGUGAAGGACCUGGCGUUCGUGGACCCUGACGACUGCACCACCCUGAAGACCAUUACCAAGUUCUACAACCACCCAGUCCACUUUGUGUUCCACGACACACGGCUGGACUCCAUGCUGGAGGAGUUCAAGAAAGGUAAAUCUCACCUGGCCAUCGUUCAGAAAGUGAACAGCGAGGGGGAGGGGGAUCCCUUCUACGAGGUGCUGGGAUUGGUCACCUUGGAGGAUGUCAUCGAGGAGAUCAUCAAAUCAGAGAUCCUGGAUGAGUCUGACCUUUAUACUGACAAUAGGAACAGAAAGAAGGUGGACCCUAACAAGAGAAUGCGUGACUUCUCUGCCUUUAAGCACACAGAGAACGAGUGCAGGGUGAAAUCUCCUCAACUGAUGCUGGCUGCUCAUCAAGGUGAUAUAUUUCUGGGUCUGUGUCUCUCCCCAACAGAGGUGAGUCUGUUCAGUCCCAGUCAGGUCACUGAGAAGGUAUUACUGAGGAUUCUGAGGCACCCUGACGUCAUCCAGGAGAUCAAGUUCAACGACAGCGACAAGCGCUCUGCUCUGCACUACAUCUACCAGAGAGGCAAACCUGUCGACUUCUUCAUACUCAUUCUGCAGGGCCGAGUGGAGGUGGAGGCUGGAAACGAGAACAUGAAGUUUGAGACAGGACCCUUCUCCUACUAUGGAGUCAUGGCACUGAGCACAGCAUCACUGGAGUUCCGCUCUCCUACUCACAGUAGUGGUCUGAACCGCUCGGCAUCGCUGAGCUGCACUGAGCGUGGCGCUCCCGGAGAAUGCAGCUCGGUAACCGCUAGCAACACGCAGCUCACCACCUGCCAGUACACACCAGACUUCUACGUACGUGCUCUUACUGACCUGCAGUAUGUCAAGAUCACUCGUUCCCAGUACCAGAAAGGUCUGCUGGCGUCCAGGCUGGACAGCACCCCCCAGUCACCCGAGGGGAGCCACCCCCACCUGGACAGCACCUCCUCAUCCCUGCCCCCCAUCACCACCCCAGCCCUUCCCCGCACCCCUCUCCGCUUGGCCACCCCACCCUUCAAACACCCCCUUGCCAUCCCUCAGCCCACCCCUCCUCCCACCGACCGUACCCCCUUACCCCAAACCACCAUCCCCACCCAAGUCAAUCCCCGCCCGGCCCUGCCCCAAUCCACCCCUCCUCCCAUACAAGGCAAACCUCUGCCCAAGACAACCCCUUCCCCCUUCUCGGGUGCACGCACCCCUCACCCACCUCCAUCUUCCUCCUCCUCAUCCUCUCUCCCCCACCUGCCUCAUCCCCUCACCUCUCUCUCCCUCAAAUCCCCCCCUUCUGCGAGGCCAGGGGGGGAGAAUGGGCCAGGUGAGGAGAAUGGGCCAGGUGGGGUGAAUGGGCCAGGCGAGAUGACCUCUCUGCUCUCUGAGCAGCCACAGAACUGCCUGGGUGGCACACGUAGACCCAGCUACCCACAAACACACACACAACACCCUCACACACACCAACACCCGCACACACACAUGCACACCAUCAGUCACGCACACACCGAGAGCACCAUCUGACAACUACCCCUGCGGGGGUUUAUUAAGAUGUGUUAAAAUAAAUACACACAUUCCGUUCGUUCUCAAGUUCUGUUGGCUAUCCCUGGAGCACUGGAAGAUUCUAAGGAGCAAGGUGCAUUCCGCUAUCCUCCCACCCUCUGUCCCCUAUCCUCCCACCCUCCUCUGUCCCCUAUCCUCCCACCCUCCUCUGUCCCCUAUCCUCCCACCCUCCCCUGUCCUCCCACCCUCCCCUA